AUGUAUCCACAGGGCGACUCCUUCGAGCUUGACAGCUGUCGGUGCGCUCACAGUGCCAUACCUGUGAAGAGAAGACAGAACCUUUCCCAAAGAGAUAACAUAUUCUUCCAGGCCUGGAACGAACCUGAGGUCUAUGAGAGCAGCGAUGUGUCCGAGGAUGACCAGGCCGAGUUCGAGUUGGAGCUGGAGGAGCUCACCAGCUCCAGCGUGGAGCACCUCACCAUCGACUGGAACGCCACCUACGAGAAGUUCAAGGACAAGCAGCUGAGCACCGAGGGAGUGGAUUCCUCUGAUAACAUCAGCAAGCCCAGGACAACAGGCUACAAGUCUGGGGAGUGUGAAAUUCUCGGCGAGGGUCUUGGUGCCAAAGAGACGCCCCAGCAGCGGUACCAGCGGCUGCAGCACGAGGUGCAGGAGCUGUUCAGGGAGGUGGAGCAGAUCCAGCUCACCUGGGGACUUGAAGAUGACUCUUCGGAAAUCAUAAAUGGACACAUGUAUAAUCUUGGAACAUCUGUAAGGUGUGCCGAGAACGGUGGUGGACCCAUUGCCUUUAUGGGGUUCCCCUUCGAGGGGUAUGCCAAAUAUGCUGGGGUCAGCCUGGAGGUGGAGUCCGAGCAUGCCCGGAGCCAGCUGCUCCCUGCAGUGGCCCACUUCCACCCGGCCUGGAGAACGAGCCUUCCAUCGCUCAGCAGCUUCCACGGAGCCCAUGCUUGCCUGGGGAAGAGCCCCGCCAAAGCCCCGGUGCCCACCGGAGACGCCGUCACCUUUGAGCUGUACUGGAAGCCGGAGCAGGAGCAGUUUGCCCAGACGGCCAAGAUCGCGGAGCUGGAGAAGCGGCUGGCGCAGCUGGAGGCGACGGUGCGGUGCGAGCCCGAGAGCCAGCACCCGCUGUCGGUCGGGCUGAAGGGCACCAGCCUCAUGGAGACCCUGCAGCUCGUGCAGGCCAAGGUCAACGUCCUGGACGUGGCCGUGCUGGACCAAGUGGAGGCCCGGCUGCAGAGCGUCCUGGCGAAGGUGAAUGAAAUUGCCAAACACAAGGCAACUGUGCAAGAUGCCGACACUCAGAGCAAGAUCCACCAGAUCUAUGAGACGAUGCAGCGCUGGGACCCCGUGGCCAGCACCCUGCCCGACGUUGUGCAGAGGCUGGUGACCCUGCGGGACCUGCAUGAGCAAGCCACACAGUUCGGGCAGGUCCUCGUGCACUUGGACACCACGCAGCAGGAGGCGGCUGGGGCUCUCAAGGACAACAGCGUGCUGCUGGCGGAGCUCCAGAAGACAAUGAAGGAGAACCUGGCCAUCGUAGAGGAGAACUCUGCGGAGAUAGACGCCCGCAUCAAGCGGCUGCAGAAGUGAGAGCACCCUGGAGACCCCCCGCACCGGGCAUCCCUGCCCCCCCCAGGCCCUGUGACCCCCUGGGAAUCGCUCCCUGCCCCCGCAGGUACCAGCCCCUGCUUGUAUAUACCCUGGCUCUGCCCCGCUGCAGAGCAUGGGGGCUGGAGGGGUCCUCCCCACCCCUCCCUUCCCACCU